AAAGGACUACAGAUAGAGGACGCUAAUCAUCUAAAAUAAUAGAUGGGCGUGUCUUGAACGGGACGGAAGUGACGUCACUGUUCCGGCCUGUCCAGUUGUACACACUAACGCGGUGUGUUUAUUGCUAAAGUUACAGGCGAGUGUUUGGGGAGGCGUUUAUUUUUUAACAUAUAAACAGAUUGAUUUGACAGCUUUUUAAAUUCAUUUUUUAACACGCCUGCUGCGUUUGAAUGAUUACGUCGCGGUACGCAUCCAAAAACCGGAAGCGGAAAGCGAACGUCGCUCUUGUUUUUGGAAACGGGCUCAAAACAAAAGAGGAUUUUUUUAAUUGAAAUCAGUGAAAAAAAAUGGACGUCAGCGUCUCCGUGUCGUUUUUUAAAAACGAGCUCGGCCCCGCCAUCGAGCUGGCCGUGCAAGCGGCGGUGGAGACGGUCCUGUGCGAAAUCACCAAGGUGGUCGGGACCAAGCUGGCGGGACUGCAGGUCGAGAUCGCCGAGACCCUGAACGAAAACCAGACCCUGAAACGGAGGCUGAAAAGAACCGAGACCGAGUUGAAAUCGGUGCGGGAACGGGAGAAAACGAGCCGAGCGAAAACGACCAGCAACAAACGACACGCUCCCCAUUUCACGGAGCAGCUCGGCGUGCCGUCGUGGGCAAACAACAACAACAACAACCCGGCUUUUGUCCCGCAUCCUAAGGACCGUGGACUAAACGUGGACGAACCGUGUGUCUCCUUCCUUGGGGACCAAGUGACCGAGGCUGGGACCGAGUACAACGCGGCCAGUUUUGCCCAUUGUUUGCCCAUCUUGAUUAACCGGGACUGCGGCACGCUUGCAGAUCCCGAAACGUCGCAUCUGAUCAUCCAGGAGGAUGGGACCGAUCGCAGUGUAUCGAUCAGGGAUGAUGCCUUUCCACGGAUCGAUGAUAUCUGGGGGGGAGGCGGCGCUACAGAGCAGCAAUAUCCUUUUUGUAACGAGGUGACCAGAACUGAACACAAUAUUCUAGACGCAGGCACAGUGAAUCAACUCUCCUAUCCCAGCCCCAGCUCCAUGGAAACCAGGUACAUCAAGGAGGAAAUAUCACAGAUAGAACUGAUCACCAUCAAAGAGGAGAUUCCUGGGCUGAACCCUGACCCCUGUGAUGAGGAGGCCCGUUCUGCCAGCGCUGAUCGCCUCUCCGAUGCAGCGAGCAGUUUCCAGGCCUCGAACCCGAGCCCUGAGAUUAACAGCGCGUUCACCUCCGAUGAAUUUGCAGUUCAGAGACGUUUGCAAAUCCCAGAGGGAGAUCUUCCGAACGCCUGUAGAGAAUGCGGAGCCAGCUUCCGCUACUCCAGCUCUUUGAAAAGACACCAGCGGAUUCACACUGCGGAGAAACCCUUUCACUGCACUGUCUGUGGUAAGAGCUUCAAGUCAGGAGGCAACCUUCGAACGCACCAGCAGGUUCACAGAGGGAAGAAACCGUACCACUGCCAAGAAUGCGGCAGCUCCUUCAAGGAACUCCUUCAUCUUGAGAAGCACAGACGGGUUCACACCAGGGAGACCCCGUACCGCUGCCAGGUGUGUCGGAAGAGCUUCAUUCGCUUGGGAACGCUCCAUAUCCACCAGCGCAUUCACACCGGAGAGAAGCCCUAUCACUGCACCGAGUGUGGGAAGAGCUUCAGGCACUCCGACUGCCUCAAGAAGCACCUGAGAAUUCACACCGGAGAGAAGCCUUAUCGGUGCACGGAGUGCGGAGAGAGCUUCAGUCGCUUGGAUUACCUGAAGAAACACCAGCAGGUUCACAAAGGGAACUAAACACUCAGUCCUGAAGCUGACCUUUCAGAGGCUUUGUGUGGUGAAGGUGGUGAUCAUUGGAAACAUAUUGAAAAAGCAACGCUGUCCGAAGGCUGAAGGGUAUAUAAUUACCGUGGUGUGAGGAUUAUGAGUAAUCCAUUCGAUUACAGUUGUUUUAGAAAAUGAUGUGUGAUUUAUUUUGUGUUGCAAAUGACCUGAACAGACCCAUUAAGCAUGCUAAGCUAAUCCUGCUGCUGUAGCCCAACAUGUUACUGUAAAUAAAUGUUAAGUCAAUCACCGUUUCUUUAUGCCUCUGAAUUACUCCAGCUCCUGACUGAUUAACAAACAGGUGUUUUUUUUAAAGUGUGUUUUGACACCAGUGCUUUGGCGAUGGUUGAAAUGCCCCAUUGCGCUUCUUACAACUAUAUUGAAUUAUUCAGUUUAAUUCAUACAGGAGACUACAGACUAGAGGCAUUUUACAAUAAGAGGCAUCCUGCAAUAUAUAAAUCAAAACAUUUGACCAUAGGUAGAAACAGAAACAGUCAAAACUUUGCAAUAAAAAAAUACUGACUUUUUUAUUAUUUUUGUCCAGGUGUAUUUUGACAUAUAAUUCCCCAUUUUUAUACAGUUUGGUUUUUACUGGAGCGAUCUAGGUAAAGUAUCUUGCUCAAGGGUACAGCAGCAGUGUCCCCCACCUGAGAUUGAACCCACGACCCUCCGGUCAAGAGUCCAGAGCCCUAACCACUACCCGACACUGCUGGCCCCUAUAAAUUCAUUCAUUCAUUCAUUCUCUCUCUCUCUCUCUCUCUCUCUCUCUCUCUCUCUCUCUCUCUCUCUCUCUCUCUCUCUCUCUCUCUCUCUCUCUCUCUCUCUCUCUCUCUCUCUCUCUCUCUCUCUCUCUCUCUCUCUCUCUCUCUCUCUCUCUCCUAAACUCUUGGACUGGCGGUAGACCCUAUAGGUGAUCAGGAGUCAUGUAUUUAAUAUGUCAAUGUAAACAUUUACUAGUUCUGUAUUUUAUAGUUGUCCUGUUCAUUCACUGUAAUCUCAAAGUUUUGUGUUGCUUUUUAAUUGCGUUGUUUAAAAUGAUGCAGAAGCUGGUCUUUAUUCAAACUGUACUUGUGUUACACUCCCUGUAAUUAAAAAACGAUUUAUUGAAUCAAAUAAUGCAAUGGUUUUUAUGUAUUGAUUUAUUUAUUAUACAUAUUACUUGAAUGUUGAUAUUUUGUAAGCCUAUUUUUUUUGCCAGUGGCAUGU